AAGAACAUCGAAAGCGACGCAGAUGAACAACUCAUCAUCACAAUUCCAUUCACCGGCCACGUGUCGAUCAAAUCAAUCAAGAUCAUCGCUGAGGGCGGGGAAGAGCAUCCCAAGACGUUGAAAGUGUUUGGCAACCGAGAGGACAUAGACUUCGACAACGUGGACCAACUACAGCCCUUGCAAGAGAUCUCCCUGAACGAUGAUCCCAGGGGUGAAAUUGUGUACCCUACUAGGGCCUCGAAGUUCCAAAACCUGCACAGCGUGACUCUAUUUAUAGAAUCCAACCACGGUGGAGAUACAAGCAAGAUCUACUACAUCGGAUUCUCAGGCGAGCACAAAAAUGUCUCCCGCAAGACCGUGAUCGCUGUCUACGAAGCGAAUGCCAACCCAGCGGAUCACAAGGUCAAGGAUGACUUAAUGCCGAGCAGUUCUAUAUCCUAGAGCGUUCGGUUUUCACGCGGCCAUGCUUUAGGGCGCUGUUAUAAACGUUUGAAACGGUUUGGGUCAGCACGUAGGGCGUACUGGGGGGGAUCUGCUGCUGUGGUACGUAUAUGAUAGAGAUAACAAGUUGAGAUGGCUUGUGCGUGGACGCCGAGAGUGUGGGCUGUACAGGACAGAAAUCCCACUUCACUGUCGCAGACGAAGUUAAUGAGAAACUCGAACGAGAUGCAGUUUUGUACCAGCCUGAGUGAGCUAUGAUAUUUGAUCAUGGAUCUGGCUACGUUCGGGGGGUAUACAUCUUGCCAAGGCGCUUGACCUGGCAAGCCAGUGCAGACAGCAGUGUCUCCGCGAAAGGCACACAACUAUAGGCACAAUCAUAUAAACCCGACAACAACUUCUAUAUAGAGACUUACGCGUCGAAACCGACUACAAUCGCAAUGCAUAUAGGAACGAUAUAUGGCCUUGUCACAUUCUUUAUUGCGUUGUGGCGACGCUCAGUCUGAGCUCAUCCUUCUCAAUUGUAUUGUCUGUUCCUCUAAGCCUCGAGUUCUUCUAGCCAUCUGGGGAUAGGUGUGCACUGGAUUCACGUUCGUGGGUUUUUGCCCAGAAAAGAGGAAAAAUUACUAUCUCUAAUACUGGUAGAUCUAUGCCGAACCCACUCUAGAUUGAUUUUCUGUGUGCGCUGACGCAAGACAUUGUCGGGUCUAUUCUUGCUCUAGUGAAUAUCGGGUGUGUCGCGUUCGUUGUUGCUUGAUUCGAGUGUAGUGCACGCAUCCUGUUACCAACGUCAAGUCAAGGCGGAAGGAUCCACGCCAGCUUCGAUGCAUUCGCCUUGGCGCGAAUAUACAUUGAUGAUGUAGUAUGAACGGCUUGGCGUAUAUGUAGAUCAUUCUGAACACUUUCAGACAGCUCUCGGAUCGCAUUAAUAUCUGCAGCAAGCUUGAGUUAUGGCGCUGCGACAAGAAAUUUCUUCCACCGUGGCCCCU